CUCACAUUCUCUUCCUUUCCUGUUUCCUUCAACCCCGUUUCUCUCUCACUUUCUCUUUCAUUUCUCUGCUUUUCUUGGUCGGUCCAAAUCUUCAAGCUACUCUCUCUCUCUUUCUCUCUCUAUAUCGGACCUAAGCAUCUCUCUCUCUCUCUCUAGGAUUGGAGCGUGGCAGACAAAUGUUACUGAUAGCUUCUCGGUAUCUAUGAUUGGGCUGCAUCGUAAUCGACUUUCGACAACCCUAGAGAAAAGAAGAGACGAAAAUGGUUUUCAAGAACAAACUCUUCUUCUCCUCGAAGAAAUCAGACUCCUCCAGCCCCGACGGAUCCAACAGUCCUCGAUCCAUCGGCUCCAAUUCCCCGAUCCGAUCCGAUAAGAAGAAGCCCAAAUCCAACUCCAAAGAAGAAUCUCAGAUCUCAACUACAACCUCCACCAGUAGUUUUAGUGGGGUAGCGCGGAAGCAUACGCAAGUGAAAGAUGCGGGGAAGAAGAAGGAAGCCGUGUCAAAGGGAAAAGAUGUGGCUGAACCUCUUCUCCCGAGUAAACCGAAGUUCUGCGCUUCUCAGGUUAAGAAGCCGGCGGCGACCGAAAGUAAAGAAGGACCUGCCUCGGUGUCUCCCAUUCUGGCAUCAUCUUUGGGAUUGAACCGGAUAAAGACGCGAUCAGGGCCGUUGCCACAGGAGAGUUUUUUCAGUUUCAGGGGAGAGAAGGGCCCGGCGGCAGUGCUCGGAGCUAGUAAUUUAUCGAGGCUUGGGGCUGGGGAUGGAGGUUCAGGGUCAGCUUCGGGUUCUGCCAAGUCGGUGUCAGGGAGUAGCGGGAGGAAGAAGGAAGGUGGGAAUAAUAAAACGGGGUUCCAGGGGAAUGCUGGAAGUGUGGCCUGGGCCGAUAACGGCAGUAACGCAGAUACUAUGUCCACUGGCAGUUGGCUGUCCAGAGAGCAGAGUCCCAAUGUGCAGGCUGGGUCUCGAUUACAGAAUGGCGAGUCAUCCACCGAAGCUGGUACAUCUUUCACUGGGGCUGUUACCUUUAAAAUUUUGAAGAUAAACUCAGCUAAGAAGUCUUACAGUCAGGAACAACGUGGCUUGGAUUGGAAGCUAGACCAUGUUGUACCACCUGGAAGCCUUGUUUCUUCGGCUGAUGAUGCUUCAAAAGACUUAGAUUCUCCUGCAAGCAGAGUUCGGAUGUCUUCUUGGAAGAAGCUCCCAUCUGCUUCAGGAAAAAGUCCGAAAGAAGUUGAUUCACCAAAGGAGCAGGAUGAUGUCAAAGUCGAACCUUCAAAAAUAUCAAGUAGGAAAAGAAUUCCUGAUGUGGAUAUGGCUCCUGCAAAACCACCAGAAUUUCCUCCUGCCAAAGAAUCUCAGGAACAUUCAUCGAAGCACCAACACAAAGUUUCUUGGGGUUAUUGGGGUGAUCAGCAGAAUAUUUCUGAAGAGAGUUCUAUAAUAUGCCGCAUUUGUGAGGAGGAGGUUCCCACUUCACAUGUAGAAGACCACUCAAGAAUCUGUGCAAUAGCUGAUCGAUGCGAUCAGAAGGGCUUGAGUGUCAACGAGCGUCUCACUAGAAUUUCUGAAACUCUUGAGAAGAUGAUCGAAUCAUUUUCACAGAAGGAUAUUCAACAUGGAAUCGGGAGCCCGGAUGUUGCAAAGGUAUCAAAUUCAAGUGUAACUGAAGAUUCUGAUGUUCUCUCUCCAAAAUUAAGUGAUUGGUCAAGAAGAGGUUCAGAGGACAUGCUAGACUGUUUUCCUGAAGCAGACAAUUCUACUUUCAUGGAUGAUCUCAAGAGUUUACCUGCCAUGUCGUGCAAAACUCGUUUUGGUCAAAAGUCCGAUCAAGGAAUGACAACAUCUUCUGCUGGAAGCAUGACUCCUAGAUCUCCUAUUUUGACACCAAGAACCUGUCAAAUAGAUUUGCUGUUGGCAGGAAAGAGUGCUUACUCUGAGCAUGAUGAUCUUCCACAGUGUAGGGAGAUGUAUUUACAGCUGUGCGAGCUAGUGGAUGACGAAAAGCUUGAUAUAUCAAGUACUGUAAUUGAUGAAGAUGCUCCUUUAGAAGAUGACGUGGUUCGUAGCUUAAGAGCAAGCCCCAUUCAUUCUUCAAAGGACCGCACAUCUAUAGAUGAUUUUGAGAUAAUAAAACCAAUAAGUCGUGGGGCUUUUGGACGGGUUUUCUUGGCUAAAAAGAGAACAACAGGAGAUCUUUUCGCAAUAAAGGUCCUGAAGAAAGCUGACAUGAUUCGCAAGAAUGCUGUUGAAAGUAUUUUAGCUGAACGUGAUAUUUUGAUCUCAGUCCGGAAUCCUUUUGUGGUUCGGUUCUUUUAUUCAUUCACAUGUCGCGAGAAUUUAUAUCUUGUGAUGGAGUACCUGAAUGGAGGAGAUUUAUAUUCGUUAUUGAGAAAUUUAGGGUGCUUAGAUGAAGACGUUGCUCGAGUAUACAUAGCCGAAGUUGUGCUUGCUCUGGAAUAUUUACAUUCUCUGCGUGUGGUGCAUCGCGAUUUGAAGCCAGAUAAUUUGUUGAUUGCACAUGAUGGUCACAUCAAGUUGACAGAUUUUGGGCUUUCAAAGGUCGGUCUCAUCAACAGCACUGAUGAUUUAUCUGGUCCAGCAGUUAGUGGGACAUCCCUACUUGAGGAUGAUGAGCCACAGUUGUCAGCAUCUGAGCAUCAGCGGGAAAGACGGAAGAAGAGGUCUGCUGUGGGUACACCUGACUAUUUGGCACCAGAAAUACUUCUGGGAACAGGACAUGGUGCAACUGCUGAUUGGUGGUCUGUAGGAAUCAUUUUGUUUGAACUGAUUGUCGGCAUUCCACCGUUCAACGCAGAGCAUCCUCAGCAAAUAUUUGAUAAUAUUCUCAACCGUAACAUUCCUUGGCCUCGGGUGCCAGAAGAAAUGAGUCCUGAAGCACAAGAUCUGAUUGACAGACUAUUAACAGAAGAUCCUCAACUGAGACUUGGAUACAGGGGAGCAUCAGAGGUUAAGCAACAUGUAUUCUUCAAAGAUAUUAACUGGGACACACUUGCUAGACAGAAGGCUGCGUUUGUCCCUGCAUCAGAAAGUGCCCUUGACACCAGUUACUUCACAAGUCGCUACUCAUGGAACGCUUCAGACAAUCAUGCAUAUCCAGUCAGUGAAGAGGAUUCUAGUGAUGCUGACAGCUUGAGUGGCAGCAGUUGCUUGAGUAAUCGUCAAGAUGAAGUGGGAGAUGAAUGUGGAGGUCUGGCUGAAUUUGAGUCUGGUUCAUCUGUCAAUUAC